AUGGACAGCACCCGGCAGCAGCCACGGGUAGAUGUGGGCAAGGCAGAGGAGGGCGACCUUGUUCGCGAGAGCAGUUUACUCCCCGGUGAGGUGCGCACCCCCACCAUGGUCGUCAGCCUCUCCGAUGCGUGGGGCGACGUCAGCGGCGACUGGGCCGCCCCGGGUAGCUCCGUGUGGGAAGAAGACGCGCCGAGCCGGCACUCCGGCCAGACUCUGCUGACGGGCUACGGCAGGGAGGGCGACGUCUGGGCAUCCGGGGCCGGCUCGCCGCUGCUGGGCGACGACGACGGCGUGGAGGCGGUCAGCGUGUUUGCGGCUGCGGCGGCAGCGGCGGCAGCGCAAGACGACGGACACCCUCCGAGUUCGGUGCCGGAUGCUGCGGAGCUCGCCGCGGGAGCGCUUCACGGCUUUGUUCCUCACGGUGCCGCAGACCGCCAUGUCGAUCCACGAGGUCUGCAGCGCCGUGCUCCCUCUCAGCAGCCGUCGUCCAACCCUUCCUCUGCUCUGCCACUCCAGCGUGAGGGGCCGCCCCGUCCGUUCCAGCCGUCGCCCCAUCCUCGCUACGCACCGGACGUGCACUACAACUACGAAGGCCGCUUUGGCACGGUGCACGCGUCCCCCGCCUCGGACCCGAUCCGCGGCACCCAAAAUGCGGUGCCGAUGCAUACCGCACAGCAGCAACAGCAGCGGCAGCAACAGUCGAGCUACUUCACGGUGCAGGAAGGUGGCGGUCCUAACGUUCGAGGAGGUGGUGGUGGUGGUGGUGGACGGGCGCCGUACACCUCGUCCUCUACCGUGCGCAACUUCGACAUCCCCGUGCUGGCAAACGAUGUGAAUCAACACGUCGGCAGCGGCGGCAAUGGCGGUGGUCUGUUUUCUCAGCCGGGCAACGGCGGUGCGUCGUUUGUGCCUCGCCUGGACGACGAGGACGUCGCCCAGAGCAUCAUCGCCUCCGCCGGCCUGCCGCUCUCGCUGCACUCCCUGGUGAACUACAUCCGCGGCGGUCAGCCGCAGGCCGUAUCCUACGUGUCCGCGCUGGGAAGCACGCAAAACGCGCUGCGAAACUACCCGAACCUGAAUGAGCCUCCAGGUGAGGAGGACGCGUUGAGCAACAUCAAUACCAACAGCGGCGGUGCGGGUGGGGCCCGUGGGGGACGUCUGACGCUGCCGGCGUACACUCAAUCCCAUCCUCCGUCACAGCAAGGGCGGUGGAAGGAGUCGAACCCACCGGCGGCAGACAACACCGGCUUUGCGGUCCGGGGCAGUGACUUCAACAGCGGUGGCGGCGCGCAGCACACACCGUCGCCGCCGUCCACCUUCCACACCAACCACAACGAUCUGGGCGGCGGCUUCGUGGUGUCGGCCGGCAACGCAGCAACGGCAAAUCCACGCGGUUCGCUGCCCGCCGGCUUUGGGGUGGGCUUGAACAGCAGCAACGUCAGCAAGUACACGAGCAGCCACGGUGACGUGGGUGGUGGUGGUGGUGUGGUGAGCCGCCCCAAGAGCGAGAGCGAGUACCUCAGCGACUUGCUGCACUUCCACGCCAACUUCUUCCCUCCACCGCCGCCGCCGCGGGUGCCAAAGGAGGAGCGACGCAACCGAGCAGAGCUGUGGUACCACUACGCGAGCAAGUGGGAUAUCACCCACCGCCUGCCCCCGCCUCCUCGCACGCCGCUGCCGGAGAUGGAGAUGGAGUACCGGAUGCGGCUGCAGCGUAUGACGCGGGUGCCCUACCACGGUGACGGGUGGCUGAAGAUGAGCGAGCGCUGGUUCGAUGUGACGCAGACGUUGUUUGACUUCCCGGCGGAGAACAUGGGCGUGGAGGUGGACUUUAGCGUGGUGCUGCAGCAGGCGGUGCUGAGCUGA